UCGAUAAUGUGGACCAUGCCGAGGAUCCGGCUGCUGCUUGCCGGACACUGUUCUACCUGCGUGAAAUUGAGGAGCGCUGCGAGCUACGCGUCCGUUCACGGGGCAACCAAGCUGCAGGAGAAAAAGUUAAGAAAGCUGCUCUACCCCAUCAAGGACCUGGAGAAGUAUCUGAGCCACGACGUCGACCGGACAAACUACAGACUCUUUGAUCCCAGCCUCGAGCAGAUAAUGAAAGCCGAGGAGGUGUUCAGGCCGUCCGGCAAACACGUCAUUGAUUAUUACACCUCGGCUGUCAGGCUGGAUCAUACACCGGCUCUUAUGCAGCCAGAGGUUUGCUUCAUAGGAAGAAGUAACGUCGGCAAGUCAUCUUUGAUAAAGGCUUUAUUUUCACUGGUGCCCGAAAUUGAAGUCAGAGUGUCCAAAAAUCCUGGUCACACAAAGAAACUGAACUUUUUCAAUGUAGGGAAAGCAUUCACCUUGGUGGAUAUGCCAGGUUAUGGUUAUCACGCUCCAGCAGACUUCGCUGAAAUGGUGGAGGGAUAUCUCCUACACAGGCAGAAUUUGAAAAGAAUAUUUCUGCUGCUAGACGGAUCAAUUGGAAUUCAGAAGGCAGAUUUGAUAGCCGUGGAAAUGUGUGAAGAAUUUGGAAAACCGUACGUUCUCGUGAUGACGAAGAUAGACAGAGCCCCUGUCGGAGUCUUACUGACAAGACUGCUAGAGACUCAAGAAUUUAUUGCCAAGAAAACCCAUGGAUGUUACCCCCAACCCUUCCUGGUCAGCUCUGUCCAGUUUGCCGGGGUCCACUUGCUCAGAUGCUUCAUUGCUCACGUUACGGGGACCCGAACCAGCUGAGUAAACUGCUAUUGUAGACCUGAGUACGUCCAUAUGGCACCCUUCCGAUCAAACUGUAAGAUUGGGGCCACCUGGCUGUCUUGUGCGUUUUUGCUUAACUGCCCUAAGAACCCCUCUUCGAGGGGCAAUCAAUAGGAGCCGAGAGGAUGCUGAAAUAUCAAGGCGGUUUCCUGGAAAGCCCAGAAACAGAAGUGUUCACAAUUAUGGCUAGAAAGUUGUGAAGUGUGAUGGGACCGUUUUUUUUUUUUUUUUAAAUACAUUUAUAUAGCACCUGCAGAUUCUGUGGCGCUGUUACAAUGCUCAAUACCCUUUUGUAACUGAAGACAUUAAACAUACUGGUACAGAA